UGUUUUUGCAAUUUUGUAUUCAUUCCCGGUUAGCGGCUUCUGUAGAGUGUAUUCGUUCAUUCAUUACGCGCUGGCUUGUUAGAUCGAUAGAGCGGGCGUAAUAGACGAAGAAUCGCAUAUGAUCAUCGCCAAUGCUAUCCUUAUCACGAUCGUUACCUAAAAGAGGCCAAUCGCACAAUAAUGGUCGCAGGAUUAGCACGUAUCGCUCUAAGGUCCACGCCUUUGCGUGCGGCAACAACUUCAUCCAACAAGAUGACCAUCACACGCUCAUUACAUUCUUCCAGCAUAAUGCGUGCCGAAGUGGUAGACAAAGAUCCUCAAUUGGGUGACUAUCCUCAAUUCGAGCCAAGAAGCACACAGAGUCGUCGUGAUGAUCCAAGAUAUUGGGACAGACAGGAGAAGCGAAACUUUGGCGAGACUCUUCAUGAACAAGACGAUGUUUUGGGUGUUUGGGCUCCUGAUUUGCACGAAGGUGUUAAACCUGCUUCAGCUGUUCGUCAACUCUUGUUGGCCGCAAGUUUGUUUGCCAGCUUUGGCGGUUUGGUCUACAUUAGCUUACCCGAUCGUCCAGCCGUUCCAAGAACUUAUCCUCGUGAUGGACUAGCAAACGAAUUGGGCGGAGCACAACAAGCAGCCCUUGCAGAAGGAGCAUUUGACAAACAAGAGGAAGAGGAAAGCGGUGAAGAUGAUGAGUAAAAGUGCGAUACACCAUAGCCUAUCAGUGAAUGGGCUCGGCUUCAAUAUAAUAUCUUCAAAACGAUAAUUGUGCAUGCGAUUGGUAAUUGUGCGAUUUGUAAGGCUACAGUGUAU